GUUUUCUGAUUGAAUCCGUCCAGUUUGUAUUUCUUGGACGCGCAGAGGAGCAGGACGAACGGGGGAAAUCUUAAGACCACACGCUGUAACUGUGGAUACUGGCUAAACACUGCUCCGUUAUGGCAAACGCGGAGUGAUUUGAGCUUCAGCCUGUCGCGCCAAAUCGUGACGGUUUCAGGCUAUUGUCUGCGAUGCCUGAGUCCAACCAGGCUGCAUUUUCUAGGAUGCAUCAGAUGGUAACUGCGCAAGGAUGCCUCCGCUGAGCAUGGGCAAACAGGGCGUCUGUUACAAUAAUGAAAUCCUCGUCCUUUUUGUUUUGAACACGGGCCACACAAAGAAUCAAUGCAACGCUGUGGACAACUUAAAUGCUCUUCUCAUCCGUCGUUCCUAUAAAGAACAUUGCGCAGUGCAGUGAAAACGGGAUAUCGUGGUGACUAUAUAACCUAAUCAGCUGGCAUUCAAAUCGGUUUCAGUUCCAAGUAUAUGGUAUAUACAUCUUACAGAGCGUGUUGGUUCACUGUCAAUGUAAGGAACUCUGUCCAGUGGUGAGAGCCACUCUCCGAGGGUACAGAUGAGAGGCAAACAAUAUCAUCAACCACUGAAGUUGACAGCGCCUUGGGAGAAGGAUGCUGGCUUUGGGAGGAAGCUUAAAACCUACAGGAAUCAUACCAAGAUAAUAGCACAGCCUGGGAUCGUGAUGAAAGUCCUCCGCAGGAAGAGAAUUGUGUUAUUUAUGGCCUAUUUCUUACUGCUGGUCCUCACUAUGCUUAACUUGGCUAAUUAUAAAUGGACUAAAGAGCCACAGCAGUGUAAUCAUCAGAUGAGGAGCACCACUUAUCAGAGCAGAUCUGACAUUCGCUUCCUAUACAGGCCCUCUCUGGCUAAAAAGAGACAGCUUAUCUAUGUUCUGACCACCUGGAGGUCAGGCUCAUCCUUUUUUGGGGAGCUCUUUAACCAAAAUCCUGAAGUGUUCUUCUUGUAUGAGCCAAUGUGGCACAUCUGGCAGAAACUGUACCCGGGCGAUGCAGUUUCUUUACAAGGGGCAGCCAGAGACAUGCUUAGCUCCUUAUACCGCUGUGAUCUGUCUGUUUUCCAACUUUACAACAGCCCCGGGGGAAAGAAUUUUACCUCCCUAGGAUUAUUUGGGGCCACCCUCAAUAAAGUUGUGUGCUCCUAUCCCCUCUGCUCAGCCUACAGGAAAGAGGUGGUGGGGAUGGUAGAUGACAAGGUGUGUAAAAAGUGCCCCCCUCAAAGCCUUAGACUGUUGGAGGAUGAGUGCCUCAAAUAUAACACCAUAGUCAUUAAAGGGGUACGCAUUUUGGAUGUGAACGUAUUGGCCCCACUCAUGGAGGAUCCAUCCUUGGAUUUGAAGGUGAUACACCUAGUAAGAGACCCGCGGGCAGUGGCCAACUCCAGGAUCAAAUCCAGACAUGGCCUGAUAAGGGAGAACUUACAGGUGGUCCGCAGCAGGGACCCUAAACUUCGCAGGAUACCUUUUGUGGAUCCUGGUCACAAAGCCAACAAGAAGGAUGGCUCAGACUACCACUCCAUAGGAGCCAUGGAGGUGAUCUGUGACCGCACAUCGAGGACUUUGAGGACUGCCUUAAACCCACCCAGCUGGCUGAAGGGAAAGUACAUAGCUGUGCGGUACGAGGACCUGGUCGAGAAUCCAGUUAAGACCUUGCGGAACAUCUACCGCUUUGCCAACCUGACCACCAACCACGACAUUGAGUCGUUUGCGCUGAAUAUGACCAGUGGCUCCAGCUCCUCCUCUAAGCCAUUCAUAGUCUCAUCCAGAAAUGCCACACAAGCUGCUAGUGCAUGGAGAACAGUGCUCAGCAUUCAACAGAUCAAACAAGUAGAGGACUACUGUCACCAUGCCAUGUCCGUUCUAGGGUAUGAAAGAGUCAGAACAGCUGGGGAGGCUAAGGACUUGAGCAAAUCACUACUGACACAUUCCAAACUGUGAAAACGUCCGAAACCACCAAAGACCUUUUAAUUUAAUGUUCAUUUUGCAUAGAGUGCCGUUUCCUCUUAAUGUGGAAUUAAAGCUUUACUUUGAAUCCGUGUUUGAGGAGCUCCACUGGCCACAUUUGGAAUGUAUCAUGUUUCUCUUAUAUAAAUUGCAGUGGUAUUUGAAAGGACAACUUCUUUUAUUCUGGAUUACUGGCUGUGUUUGACAAUGCAAGGCCUAUGAACGAUAUGAAUAGUGAAGCUGCAACUAUGAAAAAAACAAACAACUGUAGAAUUCAUGUAUCUUGUUAUGAUGACACUUCAAAGUGGAUGUUAUGGGGUUAUUUUUGAAUGUUCAAAAUCUUACAAAAAUAUGUUUUUCCAGUCUCCAUAUUGUCUGUAAAAGUGAAAAUAGUGGAUGAAAGAAAAACAACAAAAAACAAAGAACAACUGCUAAAAAAAAGUUCACUGCUAAUAAUUAUUUGUAUGAUCUGGCUGAAGUCACAGACAAUCAAUAAAUUGGUUUGUUGAUGUGCCAUAGGUAGAGGUGUGAUGAGUAGGCUACAUCAGAAUAGCAGUAGUGCAAUUUCCAGAUUUUAAAAAAAGGAAUUUUCGGAUUUUCGUCACCAAAUCGUUGAAGGAUAAUAUCAUGCACUGUGGACAAUGCUAUGGCUCUGGAGCUGGAAAUGCUGUCUCAGUGUCAGUGUAAGCAGUCUGUUCUACCAUUUCAAAUGUUUACAAUUGCUUGCUCGUAUAAAAACACAUGAUCUGGGAAUAUUACAUUGAGUAAAGUUCACAGUUAAAAGGACAAUUUAUGCACCUGUGUUGAACAAACUGGACUGCUGUACAUUUAAAUAAUUAAUAAAAAAAACAAUGUUUUUGUUAAUGAAUUUAAACAAGACCAUUGGUUCUCAAGGCCUGGCGCACAAGGCAAGGUCUCCUGAAAAGUUAAAUUAAAAUUACAAUAAAAUCCAACACAGUGAGCCACUGGAUUUAAUCAACAUUGCAAUAAGAGAAAGCUUUAUGCUAUUAACAUGUAUUUUAAUUAUACAUAGGUUUUGUAAUAAUUUUGUUCUUUGUAUUUAUGAGAUAUUUCAAAGCAUACUGUAACUUAGUUUAGUGCAUUAUGCCCCACUGUGCCUUCCAUCGCCAUUUGAGAACCGUUGUGCUGGACUUAUUUCGUAAAUUCACUAAUUGCUAUAUAAAUUAAAGGUACCCUCUGGAGUUUUCUUGUAAACAAAGUUUAUGUUUACAUUCAGUUUUACUCACCGAAACGCACUGCGUGUAUCCUUUUGGUUUUGCAAAGGUGUUGAAUGCAUUUCCUUCCUCUUAAACAAGUGCAAAUCCAAUUUUUCUCAAAUGUUAACCUGCAUUCAUUACAUCCAUUAAUACUUCCUAGCAUACUUCUUCUACCCUUCCUUUGCUGCCGCAUUGAUGUGUUUCUUGGCCCUUUAUCACAACCUUUAUACUGGUAGAAUACUCUGAAACCCUUGGUAGAAAUGUGUAUACCAUCAUCUGCAUGCAUGUGCAUGAGCAUCCUCAUGCAUGAGAACAAAUGUGGUUAUUGGUCAAAAGUUCCACAGGGUACCUUUUAAGUCCAUGUCGUAAAAAUGUUAGUCAUAAUGAUCAGAAUGACUAUAUUCGUAAGUUUGUAGACGUAAUUAUUGAGAGCUUCAGCUUUUGUUUUUUGAGGACAAAACCUUAAAAGAAAAUCCCAGAGAAAUGGCUCAAAAAGGGAAAUACACAGAUAUAAAAUGACCUAAAUAUGAAGGUAAAAGUAUAAAAGUUCAAUAGACAUUUUAUGAAAAUCAUUGUAUCAUUUCAGAUAGUUUGCUGUUAUUUGCUGAGCUUUGUAGAUUUCAUCUCACCUCAGAAAAACAGAGGUUAAUAAAAUUUAGUUUUGUGAUGUUCAAAGUGCCCAAAAAAGUACACUUGAAAAGCUCAACAGUUAGCAAGUCUUUCCUCAACAAGGUAACACAGAAAAGUUGUAAGACCUUGUUGUGAGCAGUUUCUCCCUCCUGAAAAGAGAUAGAUACUGUAGCUGA